AUGGACAAGAUCAAGAGCGUCCUUCACGGACACAAAAAGGACCAGGGUCAGGACGUCACUCAUGACCCUCACCAGCCUGCAUCCACCAACGAGGCUCAGCAAUACCACACCCACAAUGAAACCUCCAGCAGCCGUCAAGGCAAACAUGCUCCUCCUGGUCAGCCGCUCUACGAUAUCAAAACUACCUCUGGUGCUCCCUAUACCGAGUUAGCCAAGCCAGGUACUUUGGAACGGCUUCAAGCUCACAAACCUCAUGGAAAACCAGAGCAAAUCGACACAGAUGAACCACUCAACGCUGAUAAGACACAAUCUCCAGCCAACAAUGGCGCAUCUCCUGCGGGAGCUCUUCGUCCCAAUCCUCACCCACAGGGCCACACUCAAGAGGCUAGUAUCGCCAGCAUCAAGAGCGGAGUCAUUGGUUUUGGUCCGACAGAAUCCCAGGGACAUGCCGCCAUGUCAAUGCACAAUCCCACUAAAAGUAAUAUGGCCGGGGACCAAGUAGUCGGAGGUGGAAGUCCUGGCACUGCCGGAAUGACUCAAGGCAAAAGUGUACAGCCAAGUGCAGGUGCUGAAACACAUCCUCAGACGAGUGUAGUUAAUAAUCCGCCAACUGGUACUGCUGUUUCCAGCUAUACGAGCGAACAGCAACCCUUCGAGAAGACUCUGCGUCAGGAGAGCUACAUUACUGAUACUGAUCGAUCAUUUCCGCUUGCUGGCGGUGUGACAUCUAACCCACAGGAAAGCCCAAGCCAUGGAAGCCAUGGACGCGAGGGACUUACUGGAGCGGCGGCUGCCGCAACUGUUCUCGGAGCCUCCCACGCCAGCUCCAAGUCCGAAGAAGAAGAUGUCAAAAAUCAAGGCGCUGAAACUCGUCAAGCUACAUACGGAGACGCCCCGUCGACUACUGUUCCGCCAACCACUACUCACACGGCCUCGAAUGUUUCGAGCCAGCCAGAAUCUAGCCAUCAUCCUACGGGAAUUUCCGCGGCUACUGCGGUCGCCUCUGGUUCUUCCAUGCUUCCAUCAUCCACUCAAGAGAAGAGACUUGAGACUGACAACAAUGGAACUAUUCUUCCUACGACUGAACCAAUUGGCGACUGUGAACGUCCAAUCAUCCCACGGCUUGAGUCGCGACACAGGCAUAUUCCUGGCGAAUACAUUGCUACGCCAAGCGAUGAGUCUAACCUGUUUCUGAACUAUGAUCCUGUAAUCGAAUCAACAUCCAACCACGCGGAUGUGAAUGAACCCGUUCAAGCUCCCUCUGUGGCUGCAGUCUCAAAUUCGCAUGAGCCCCCUGUGGAUCCUGUUUCUACCACUGGAACCCACGAGCUGAGGCACACCGGAACACUUGAAGAGCCAAGACCAAAGUCUGCUGGUGACAAUCACCACGCCCGUGAUGCUGCAAUCGCCGGUACUCUUCUUGCUGGAACCGCAGGCUUGGGAGCUCAUGCAGCAUCUAAAGAUCACGAAGCUCGGGGCACCGAAAGCAGCUCACUACUAUAUGAAGACUCUCAACCGUACAGUGGCAAGGGACUCGACCCACGUGUUUUGGGAGACAAACUCAAGAUGGAGGAGCAACGUUUCAACCCCCAAGCCAAGACCCACCAUGGCAGUGAUCCAACCAUAUCUGGCCCUCCAGUAUCACAUGACCUUUCUCACGACUCUACUCCAGCUGCUGUUGGUGCUACUCCUUAUGGGGCUCAGGAUGCUGUGGAUGCCUAUAGUAGCCAUAAGAUGACGCAGCUUGGUGCGUCCAUGCCUGAGCAGCGUUACGACCCUACUGCUUCCAGUGCUCGGGCCUCCAACCCUAUUGCGUCUCGGAGUCAAUAUGACUACAACAACCCUACUGUCCUGGGCAACGUCAACCGAACAGACCCAAAUGACCAUGUCAACAGGAAUGCCGCCUUCACUGGUGCUGGCUUGGCUGGUGUCGCCUUGGGUGCUGGAGCUUACACUCGUGAGCCGCAUGCUCAUGACACUCAAGACUUGCCACUCCACCAAAAGGAAGAUUAUGUUUCACACACACAGGGCGGACCAGUUUCGCAGCCUAACUAUCCCACCCAAGAUACUUUACAGACUUCCUGGCCGCUACGUGACGACAGCCCUACUCAUGUAUCGGAUCCCACUCAAGGCACCAUUGCGCCGCAUAACACACACGUUCAAGAUCCUAAUGUUCAAUCAUAUGGUGCUGUUCAAGACCCGGCACACGAAGGACACAAAACUCGGAAUGCCGCCCUUCUGGGUGGUGCUGUGGGUGCAGCAGGACUUGGCAGUGCAGCGUACGCCAAUGAUCGUCAUCAAGAUCAAGACCGUCGCGAAUCCAAUGAUUAUCUCAAGAAGACAUCUCUUGACCACGAGAAGGGACAACACCAUCGUGAAAGGGACUUUGAUAAGGAAAACGAGACGGAAGAAAAGAAAAAGCACAGACUGUUGGGCUUCUUGCACCGUGAUAAGUCCAGGAAGGAGAAAUCGUCGGCAAGCCCAGAGUCUUCGCCUCGCCAAUCAAAGGACUACAGUCCGAGACAUUCCAAGGAGGAGAGCGAGGACCCAGACUCACCCCGCUGGAAAGGCAAACACCUUCUGCACAAGGACCCACCAAAAGGUCAUCCUGCACGUGAGGUUCUCGAACAAUCCCAUCAUAGCGACCCGUAUGCUGUAGGAAAGAGACAGCACGUAGGUACUGACGGACCGAUUGGUGAUCCCUACUCGAUAAGCGGCGACCGUGAAACGCGUCACGGUGUAUAUGGCGCCCACCCCACCAGUGAUUUUACUCACAACUCUACUGUACUUGAACCGCACACCGGCUUACCCAUGAACACUCAACAGUAUGGCACUGGAGCUGGAGGCACUGACGGUAAUCGUACCAUUCAUGGUCAGCAUGAACAUUCGGGCGCUAUGCCAGGCCAGAGUGUCACCAACUGGGAGGCUGUCCGAAAGGCCAAUACGCCUUAUUAG